AUGCUAUUGGAAAAUUACAACAGGCUUGUUAAUAAUUAUAAUGAUCUAAAAAAUGACAACAAUAAUCUAAGUAAUAAAAUUGAAAAUAUGUCAAUAGUAAUGAAUAAUUUGUUAGAAGAAAUGAAAAGUAUUAAUAGGAAUAAUAGUAGUAAUGAAUAUCAAGUUACGGAGAAUAUUAAGAGAAUAAUCAAAGAUGCAUAUCGACGAGACUUGUUUGUCAAAGAGAAAUAUCCUCAAGAUGUAGUUAUUGAAAAAUUCACUCGUCAAACAUUAAUGAACAAUUUUCCAGAUGACGAAAGAUACAGUGAAAGAGAGAAGUGGGAUGUUGUGUGGUUUACUCUUAGAGGACCUUCUUUAGAAUUGUUUAGAAUAAUUAGAGGGAACGCUGUGAGAAGAAUUAAAACUACAUUAUUUCAAAAAUUUAAGAAGUUGGAGGCGAUAAACAAUGACGCGUCUAUGAAUCAAAUAUUGGAGUGGAAAAACAAAAAACCAACAAGAGAUGUUCUCUUAUUAUUAAAUGAAAUUGAGGAAGAUGAAGAUCGAACUUAUUUAGAAGUCAUUACACGACUUGCAUUUUCUCAUGAUAAAGAUAAUAAAAUUAUGACAACAGAAAGUGAGAGUAGCGGUGGUAUCGUUAGAAUAAUUAAAGAUUUAGCCAGUGGAACUGUCGGAGGAAUUUGCCAAGUGUUAGUUGGGCAGAGACUCCAAACGCAACCAACACCAAAACUUGGUGAACAACCAAGGUUUACUGGAAUGUUGGAUUGUGUUCAAAAAACCAAGAAAAAUGAAGGAUUUAGAGCUUUUUACAAGGGAACUACAACUCCAUUGGUUGGUGUUGGUGCAUGUGUUUCCAUUCAAUUUGGGGCAUUGGAAUUUAUGAAAAGGUUCUUUAACGAAAGGAAUGGAUACACUGGUGGUUUAACUAGCCCUCAAUUAUAUUUAGCUGGUGCCAUCGCAGGAAUUGCUAAUUCUGUGGUGUCUGGUCCUGUUGAACAUAUUCGUACACGACUUCAGGUUCAAAUCACAUCCACCACUGAUAUUAAACCAUCAUCAAAAGCAGUUUCAACAAAAAUAUACUCUGGGCCAAUUGAUUGCAUUAGGCAGAUAUAUUCUUCAUAUGGCAUGAAGGGAAUAUAUAAAGGACAAACCAUAACAAUGAUUCGAGAAUUUCAAGGUUAUGGUGCGUACUUUCUUGUUUACGAAUAUCUUUUUCAAAAAGCAAUGUCAAGAGAGCAAAAGAAACGCAGCGAGAUUGAAAGUUGGAAAUCGUGUUUAUAUGGCGCGGCAGCAGGAUAUGGAAUGUGGUUGUCAGUUUACCCAGUGGAUGUGAUUAAAAGUAAAAUACAAACUGACGGAUUUAGUGGAGAGGAAAGACAAUAUAAAGGAAUAAUAGAUUGCGCCAGAAAAACUUUUCGCAAAGAAGGAAUCAAUGGAUUCUUCAAGGGUUUUGGUACUUGUAUUCUACGUGCUGGUCCUGUUAAUGCAUCUACUUUUGUGGCAUUCGAAAUGGCAAUGAGAGUCUUUGAUAAAUUAUAA